AUGUCGGCAGAACAGGCCAAGCAGGAAGAGCUGGCUCCUGCCGCUUCCACCUCCACCACCACAACCACAACCAUGACCAUCGAGGAGGCCAAGCAAGAGGCUCUUCGCCAGGUCGAGUUCUACUUCCACGAUUCGAACCUGCCCUUUGACAAGUUCCUCUUCACUUUGACCCGCAAGGACCCAGAAGGCUGGGUGCCCAUCGCCACCAUCGCCUCGUUCAAGCGCAUGCGAGCCAUCAACGACUUGCUCGGCCUCGACGGCAUCGCAGACGUUCUCCGCCAGUCCAAGGAUCUGCUCGAUGUCAGCGCCGAUGGACAGAACGUGCGCAGGAGGAAGGAGCUCGUGCCCGUCAAGGACGCCUUUGACCGAUCCGUCUACGCCAAGGGUUUCGGUGAGGAGACCGAGACCUUGCAGAAGGAGCUCGAGUCGUUCUUCUCCACCUUCGGCAAGGUCAACAGUGUCCGAAUGCGUAGGGACAUGGAAUCCACCGCCAAGCCCAAGCCUUUCAAGGGCUCCGUUUUUGUCGAGUUUGCCGAGAUGGAAGACCGAAACAAGUUCCUCGCCCAAGCAGCAACCGUGGAGCCCGAGCAAGACGGCGGUAAGGGCAUCUCGUUCCAGGAUCAGCAGCUCUCCGCCAUGAGCAAGGAUGCCUACGUCAAGAUGAAGAUGGAGGAGAAGGGAAUCGACCCUAGCAACAACAAGAUCAACCGCGGCGGCGACUCGGCCCCCAAGAAAUUCAACGCUUUCAAGGAGAUGAACAAGCGCGAGCGCGAUGGUUCGCGUGAGCAGCGCAAGAAGGAUGACGACAAGCCCAAGCGCUCGGACCCGCUCGAGUUCGAGUACAACGGCAAGCCGCUCACCACGCGCCCCGAUGGCACCGUCGACCCGGACGCCGUCACUUUCCCCGCCAACUCGGUGCUCAAGUUCACCGGCGCCGGCGAAGGCGGCAACUGGAAGGACCUCAAGGAUACCCUGGUCACUGUCCACCCGACUUCGUUCGUCGAGUUCCCUACUGGCGCCGUCGAGGGUGCCGUCGGCUUCAAGGAGCCGCUUUCCGACGAAAAGCUGGCCGAGAUCAAGAGCAAGAACAUCACCGUCGGAGGCAAGGUCGUCGAAUUUGCCCGCGUCGAUGAGGAGACAUCCAAGAAGUUCUACAUUGAGCGCGCCAACUUCCGUGCGUCGUUCAUGCUCGACCGACGCGAGCAGGACAGCCAGCGCGGCGGCCAGCGCGGUAAUGGCAGCUACCACCGCGGCGGAGGUCGUGGCGGUCGAGGCGGCAAGUUUGGCCGUGGAGGCGGACGCGGUGGAUUCGGCAGGGCUGGUGGCGACAAGCGAAAGCGUGACAAUGACAACAGCAACAGCAACAGCAAUGCUCGCGACGACGGCGCACCACCUGCCAUCGGCAGCAAGAAGGCCAAGACUGAAGAGUAA